UUCAACAAGUACUGUGUGCUGCAUUAUGCCAUUUGUGUGGGUGUAGUAGGGUAAUUUGGGAAAAAAAAUUAGGAACCCUAAGAACAGUAAAAUGGGUUAAUUUGUAAUUAAAGUUGAAUUUGAUUAAAUUAAGUAUGAUUUAGUGUAAUGUGUGAAUUAUUUAGUUUAAAUCAUUGAUUUUAUUGACUGUUGACUGGUUUGUCAUUGUGUUGGUUUAAAUAUGUUUGAUUUUGUUGAUUAAAGUAUUGCGGUUGACUGUGUAAUGGGGUUAGCUAUGUUGGGUUUUAUUGAUUUGCUUUGCAUUUGUUUAUUAGGUAGAAAAAUGGCCGAAAACGAAGAUGGAUUAAUUGAUAUAGUAUUUAGAGUAGGGGGUGCUUUUGUUACUAAACAAGUGUCAAAAUCAAAGCAUUUGCUUUGUUGGUGUGGUGGGUUAUGUUAUUGGAGGAGGGAUGUGGUAGUGGAUAAGAUAGAUUUGCAUUAUUUGAGGGUAGCUGCUGUGCAUGGGUUUGUGAACUUUAAUGUCCAUGUCCCACCUAACUACAGACUUUGGUAUAAAGAAAGAGGUAGGACCUUUAACACAGGGAGAAGGGAGUUAGUAAAUGAAGAGGAAGUGAAGGGGCUGCUGGAGACAGUGAAUGGGGAAGGGUAUGUUGAAGUAUUUGUGACUGCUAAUGAAACAUUAAGGCCCAUACAUGAGAUCCAGGCCCAGUCCACUCCAGUAAAGGCUGAGAGAAAGGGGAAGAAAAGUUCAGGUAAGCCUGCUGUAGUUAGGAAGAGCCCAAGAAUUAACAAAAAUGAGCCUAAGGUGAGGGAGGGUGAAGAAUCUCCUAAACCUAGAUCUAGACAUGGGAUAGAAAGGGUUGAAGGGGUUUCUGUUGAGAUUAAGGGGGUUCCUGGUAAAGGGAAGUUGUUGAGUAAGGGGAAACAAAAGGGUAAAGCUAAGCUUGAAAGGGGUUCUGGCAGUGUGAAGGUGUUGGAUAAGGGAAAGGGAAAAAAAAAAUAUGUAGGCAAAGGAUUGAUUUUUGAGGAUAGUAGUGAGGGCAGUGAGACUGGGAGGGAAGAUGAUUUUUCUUCAAGUGAUGGGAGUGAGAUUGACAUAACUUGGGAGCCUGGAGAGGAGGAGUAUGACAGUGGGGAUGAGAGGUGGUUUGUGCAGAAUUCUGAAGAAAUUUUAGCUAAGGUAACAAGAAGUCUUGGGAAGCAGUUUGAUGUACAUGAUGAGGGGGUUUCCAAGGAUCCAAAGGCAAGGUUGACAGAUAACUUGGAUGUGAAUGAGGUACAACUACAAGAAGAAAUUGAGGGAGAAUCAGAUGACCUAAGGAGCUUGGAUGGUUCAUCUGAUGAAGAGGACAAAAGUCCAUGGUUUAAUGACAAAUCUGACUUCUCAAAGCCUGUUGUACUUGUUCAUAGGCUUAGGUUUAGCAAUGCUACAGUGUUGAGGAAAGCUUUAAGAGUGCAUGCCAUACAGAAUAGGUAUGAGUACUAUUUUUUACACAAUGAUAGUACUAGGAUUACUAUUCAGUGUAGGAAUAGGUGUGGGUGCAAGUUUGACACAAAGACAAGUAGGAUGCCUUUGUGUAUAUGCAGGGGUGGAGUGAAGUGUAGUUUCAAGAUCCAUGCUACUAAGUUAAAAAGACAACAGACUUGGCAAAUAAAAACCAUGAAGUUGGAGCAUAAAUGUGUGAGAAGCAGGGAGAACAAGAAGGUCACAGCAGAGUUCAUUGCUGAGAGGUAUCUUGAGGAUUUCAGAACUAACCCAUCAUGGAAGGUUAAGCAAAUCAAGGAUAGGGUGCUUCAUGACUUGGGGGUAGAAGUGACCUACUACAGGGCUUGGAUGGCAAGAUGUAGAGCUAAGUUGAUCAUUUUUGGUUCAGCAAGAGAGCAAUAUGCUAGGGUAUGGGAUUAUGGGAAGGCUGUACUGAAAUACAACCCUGGGUCUGGUUGUAAUGUUGUGAUUGAUGGCAUUGAAAAGCCUGAGCCUCCCUUGUUUAUGAGGAUGUUUAUUUGUUUAAGGCCUUUGAAGGAUGGGUUCUUGAAGGGUUGUAGGCCAAUUAUAGGGGUGGAUGGCUGCCACUUGAAAGGAGGUUAUCCAGGCCAGAUUUUAGUUGCAGUCUCCAAGGAUGGGAACAACAGCAUUUACCCCAUUGCUUGGGCAACUUGUGAGGUUGAAAACAGGGAGACUUGGGUCUGGUUUCUGGAAUCCUUGAUGCAAUGCAUUGGAAGUGCAGAUGGGGCAGGCUUCACCUUCAUGUCAGACAGGCAGAAGGGACUGGUUGAAGCUCUGUCUGAAGUUGUGCCUAAUGCAGAGACUAGGUUCUGUGUUAGGCACAUUUGGGCAAAUUUCAAGUUGAAGUUCACUGGAUCAGUUUUCAAAGAGCUCUUUUGGAGUGCUGCAAGAGCAACAACAUUUGUUGAGUUUCAGAUAGCCAUGCAACAGAUUAGGGAGCUUGAUGAGGAUGCUUACAAUUAUUUGGAGAACAUCCCCACUCAUCACUGGUGCAGACAUGCAUUCAGUGACAGUUGCAGGUCCAACAUGUUACUAAACAACAUGUGUGAGACUUUCAACUCUGUUAUCAGAGAUGCAAGAGACAAACCUAUCCUCACCCAAAUGGAAUGGAUGAGGAGGUACAUGAUGAGGAGAAAUAAUGAGAAGUGGGAGGACUCCAAGGAAAUCACAACCAACAUCACUCCAUAUGUGCAUAAGCUAUUUCAGAGGAUGAGCUAUGUGGCUAGGAAUUGCAUAAUUGAAGCUGCCAGGGAUGACACUUAUGAAGUGCAGCUGAAUGAUGACCAGGUUCUAGUUGACUUGCCAAAUUGGUCUUGUUCCUGCAAUCACUGGCAAUUAACAGGCAUCCCAUGUAUUCAUGCAUUUGCAUGCAUAAUGGAUCAGAGGGUUGAUGCUGAGCAGUUUGUCCACCCCUAUUACACUAUGGACACUUACAGAGCAGCAUAUGAGCCUGCAAUUCAACCUAUGCCAGGCCCAAAGCAUUGGGAGAGAGUGAACAUGAGAGAGCCUCAUCCACCAGCAUUCAAACAGCAGCCUGGAAGACCUAAACAGAAGAAGAGGAAGCUGGAACCUGGGGAGGGAACAUCUGCAACAGGAGGGGAGCAGGGAAGAAAGAGGAGGAAAAGUCAGUGUAGGAUUUGUGGUGGAUUUGGCCACUAUCCCAAGACUUGCAAGGGCCCACAUGAACCUGAACCAACUGAGCAGAGAACUGCAGGAAGGCCUCCUUUAAAUUCACCUUGGGUAGUUGAGCAAAGGAAGAAGAGGGAGAUCAAAGCUGCUAAGAAGAGUGCAAUAGGGGCUGGUCCAAACAGCAUUGGGAAUAGGACUUUUCCCCAAGAGCAACCUGGCUGUGAACCAUUGAGUAAGAGGAAAGGUUCACACAGUCAACAAGGGCAGCCACAAGCCAAGCAUCACACCACCCCCUCUUCCAGCCAACCUGAACCCAAUGCUACUGGAGUGCAGACAAGGAGGGCUAAGCUGCUGACUUCCAGACAAGGAGGGCUGACACAAUGAUGUUUGAAUUGUUUUUCUGAACUUUAGUUGUUGGUUGUAUUUUCUGAACAAUCAGUUGCAAUAUUUGUAGCUUUACUUUUGGGUAUAGGACAAGGAUCCUGUUUUGUUAAAUUAAUACUUUGCUUUAAGGCUUUACCAGCCAAUUUUGUUAGGCACUGCAACAACAAAUUUGAUCAACAACUUAAAUGCAAUAUCAACUACUUAGGUACUUACUUAA